UGGGAGCUCACUCGGGAACCGGCAUCUGGAGAGCGGCCCCCGGGUGGAGCCGCCCGCCUGCCGCCCACCUGGGGCAGAGUGGCGGGCGCGGCGUGGCCUCCCUCCUGCACCCCGGCCGCGUGGCUUGCGGCUUAUUUUCCCAGCUGGCAAGCGUCGCGCUGCAGACAAGGGAAUGCCUGUGGAGGAAGAGGAGGAAGCGAGGCGUGCGCCCCGGCCCAUGCCGCAGUCCGAGGCCCGGCCCAGCCACCGCGCCCGCGCCCGCGCCGCCGCCCUCGCAGGAGCGCACGAGACCUGCAUGGACGGGCAUGGGCGUGAGAGCAGCACCUUCCUGCGCCGCCGCCCCCGCCGCCGCCGGGGCUGAGCAGUCCCGCCGCCCCGGGCUCUGGCCGCCGUCGCCCCCGCUGUUGCUGCUGCUGCUGCUCAGCCUUGGGCUGCUCCACGCAGGUGAUUGCCAACAGCCUACUCAAUGUCGAAUCCAGAAAUGUACCACAGACUUUGUGGCCCUGACUGCACACCUCAACUCCGCUGCUGAUGGCUUUGACUCUGAGUUUUGCAAGGCACUUCGCGCCUAUGCUGGCUGCACCCAGCGAACUUCAAAAGCCUGCCGCGGCAACCUGGUGUACCAUUCUGCUGUGUUAGGUAUCAGUGAUCUCAUGAACCAGAGGAACUGCUCCAAGGAUGGACCCACAUCUUCCACCAACCCGGAAGUGACCCAUGACCCCUGUAACUACCACAGCCACGGGGGAGUCAGAGAACACAGGGGAGGGGACCAGAGACCUCCCAAUUACCUUUUCUGUGGCUUGUUUGGAGACCCUCACCUUCGAACUUUCAAGGAUCACUUCCAGACAUGCAAAGUGGAAGGGGCCUGGCCACUCAUAGACAACAAUUACCUUUCGGUUCAAGUGACGAACGUGCCUGUGGUCCCUGGGUCCAGCGCAACUGCUACAAACAAGAUCACGAUUAUCUUCAAAGCACAGCAUGAGUGCACGGAUCAGAAGGUGUACCAAGCUGUGACAGAUGACCUGCCGGCCGCCUUUGUAGAUGGCACCACCAGUGGGGGGGACGGUGACGUGAAGAGUCUUCACAUCGUGGAGAAGGAGAGUGGCCGCUAUGUAGAGAUGCAUGCCCGCUACAUAGGCACCACAGUGUUCGUGCGACAGCUGGGUCGCUACCUGACCCUUGCUAUCCGGAUGCCCGAAGACUUGGCCAUGUCCUAUGAGGAAAGCCAGGACUUGCAGCUCUGUGUGAAUGGCUGCCCCAUGAGUGAAUGCAUUGAUGAUGGACAAGGCCAGGUGUCUGCUAUCCUGGGGCACAGCCUGCCUCACACCACCUCAGUGCAGGCCUGGCCUGGCUACACACUGGAGACUGCCAGCACCCAAUGCCACGAGAAGAUGCCAGUGAAGGACAUCUAUUUCCAAUCGUGUGUCUUCGACCUGCUCACCACUGGUGAUGCCAACUUCACUGCUGCGGCCCACAGUGCCUUGGAGGAUGUGGAAGCGCUGCACCCAAGAAAGGAACGCUGGCACAUCUUCCCCAGCAGCUGCGGGGGAUGUAGGGAUUUGCCUGUUGGUCUUGGACUCAUGUGCUUGAUCCUUAGUAUGUUUUUGUAGGAGUUGUUUGUUGUCUUUGUUUUGUUUUUCUGGGUUUCGUUUCUUUUUUCUUUUUCUUUUUUGUCUAUAACAAAAUUUUAAAUAUAUAUUGUCAUAAUAUAUUGAGUGAAAAAGUAUAUAUGUAUAUACCAUGUAUAUGACAGAUAUUUGUCCUGGAACACCAGAUUGUACAUUAUGUGUUUGGCUGUUUUCACAUAUGUUGGUUAUAGUGUUUUUUGAUUGUAUCAAUUUUGUUUUGCUGUUUUGUGAAAUGUUUUAUAAUGUCCCUGCCUAGGGACCUCUUAGAAAGCACUUUAUUUUUUAUAUAUUAAAUAUUUAUGUGUGUACCUGGUUAGUAUGUACAGUGCAUAUACACAGACACCAACCACAGCAAUCCAUUUGGAGGUGACGAGUUUGUAGCUCCUCUGCUUGCUCCCCCUGCACUUCCCAUGGCUACUGAUUGCUACUGAUUUGCCAAGGCACUCAGUUCCUGAUGGAGCUGUCUCCCUUCCUUUGAAGUGUCAAUUUGAGAGGAAAGUUGUCCCCUCACUUGUAAGUACUUUUGAUUCUUAAAAUGUGGAUCUCACUAACGAGCCCUGUUUCUAACAGUUCACUUUCUCAGUACAUGAGCACAUUAGUGCUACAACUGCAGCCAUUACUUAUAUGUGCAUUUGAGCACCUAUGGCCUACUAGGGUGACCCUUCUGAAGCUGAUGUUUGUUAUGUACCAGUCUGGAGGUGGCCAUUUCAAGUAAAUACCAGGCAUCUCGCUAUGCCCCAGCUAGUUAACUCUUUCUCAUCCUCCAUCCCUGUUUAAAUUGUAGUUUCCCCUCCAUUAACUCUUUAAGCAAAACAAAAUCACCAACUCAGAAGACAUCGUGCUUUGCCCUCCUUUGUAAUUUGUAAAAGUCACGUUCUUAACUUUCUCCUUGGCUGCUUGGAGUCCUAACAGUGUCCUCUCUGGCUCUGCUCCGGCAUCUCUUUAACCUCCCCUCUGGAUUCCAGGCACUGGCUCUUAGUGCUCCUCUGAUACUGAGGUCCAGGAGUACGGCCUUAAGAAGAGAAAAUCUGUCUUGGUGUGUAUUAGUAUGCACUUGCCUGUGGAUGCCUAUGCGUCCUGAUGUUCGUAUCUAGGCAUUUCACUCCCCAAGUAAUCCCUGUCUUUUCAGCUCUCUGCCAUCUUAACACCUAUAGUUGAAUAUUAUAGGUAACUACCUGCCAGUUAGUGAAAUCCUCAUCAGGUAAAAUUUUCCCUUGCCUCUUCCAUGGUAUUGCUGGUACCAGCUAUAAAAGGGAUGUAACAGAAGACAGUGAAACUAGCAAAGUUAACUCCUGAAUAGGUAGGUUUGUAUUAUUAUAACUAAAUGUGUUUGGUUCCAAGAAGUGAUACGAUUUGUGUUUUAAUAUUUAAGGUUUUCAUUAAUAUAAGCAAAAGAUAACCUUAAAUAAUGUUGUUGGGACAAGGCGAUGAUGCCUUCUGACAUGUCCUAUUGGCCAGCGGGACUGACAAAGGCUGGCAGCAGACACAAGGGAGUCUUUUGUGAAGUUGUGUUUCUUAGAGAUAUUGCCAAUGGGUGGGAUUGUGUGUGACAGAUUCUCACCUUGGGGGCAGUUAUGAAGGUACCCUGCUUUGUAUUCUUAAAGAUUGAACUCCAGAGAGUUAGGACCUAGCCCUGUAAAAGAAGAUCCUUCUAGGAAAGCCGCUUUAGGACUGACCAACCCUGAGCUUUAAAGCAUGGCCACUUUGGUUCACCUAGGUAGCCAUGUGCCAAGUUCAGAAGUUGUCAAUAGCUAGUAAUUUGUGAUUGAGUUGAACAAGGAAGGGAAAAUGUUGGAUACUUGGAACCACUAUUUCUGUGCAAAUAUAAAAGUAAAAACAAUAGACGGUUCACAAGGUCUGCCUUUUAGAGUGUGUGAUUGCUAAGACCUUUUAUCCUUUUGAGAACAAAGCCACCGUGUCUACCCAAUAGUUUGGAAAAGAAAGUUUGCUUGUUUAGCUGUAUCGUUUAGCUGGAGAGGGUGCCCUGAGAUGUUCUGCAGCAGUAGCAUUAGUAAUAAUGUAUGGUGUUCUCUUUCAGAAUUGGUGUCCCUGUGUGUCCUUUACAGUUCCCACAGAUAACUUUUAGAAAUCAAGUACUUUUGUAGGGAAGGGCCAGGUUUUCUUUGGGGUUUCUAAGGAGCAUAAACUGCUUCAACUUGUUCUAUGAAGUCCAAAGCCAGAAGAAUUUCAGACCAUACUGCCAGACAAAUAGGCUAUAUAGCUUUUCACGGGUCUCCUGGGAGAGCUUAAAACUUGAGGCAAAAACCCUGAUUUUCACAGAUCUUCCCAUGUCUCUCUUAGGAAAGACUCAAAACCACAUUGCCCGCUCGCUCCGCUGUGCUUGAAUCCCUCCCCCCGCCCCCCCCACCACCACCAUUGUGUUAAAUCUUUGCAGAGAAACCUGUAGAUGUGGUUCAUAGGUAUAUGAGUAAGUAUCUGUAAAAACAGUGAGUGUGUAGUAUGUAAAUACGUUAAAUUAUUAUGCUAGAAAAAUAAAGUUCCAGACCAUGCUG